AUGAAUAUAUCGUUGAUAUGCAUAUCCAUCCUUACUGUACAUUUUACAGCGUUAAUACCUCAUCGUUUCGCGCAUACCGAUGUGAAGUUUCCAAGUUUCGAUGACGUUCGUCACAAUGUGACACUCGACGUUAGGAAAGCAGCUCGAGAAAGUGAAGAUCACAGACGAGCCAUACCAUCGGCAAUUUACUACGGAGUUGGUGGAACAAUGGCUCUGAUAACCGCAAAGGAAUCAAUCCAAAGAAUCGUCGCAUUCAAAGCGAUGGCCGCAGAUCAAGUGGCCUUAGCUUCAAUUGAAGUGAAAAUGGAGGAAAUACCCGAAGGACAGGUAAAUGUGAAUACCUGA